AUGUCAAUACAGAACAUGGACGAAGAUGCAUGGGCUGUUAAUCAUGAGUCCAAAUCCUUUUCAUCACCAGGAAGUCAUGACAAGCCUUCACUGUCUGCCUUACCAAGCCAUGUUGUUGCUCGUGGACAAAAUGUGACUCUUAUCUGUGACACUCAUAAUGAGUCUUUUACAUUCAAGCUGUACAAAGAAUAUGGGGUUGCUGUACCUCAGUUACAUGAAGAAAUAUUCCAAAAGAACUAUGUCUUGGGUCCUGUGACUCCAGAAUAUUCUGGAACCUACAGAUGCUAUUGUAACAAUCAUCAAUACACUAAUGAACUGUCAUCACACAGUGACCCUCUGAAGAUCAUAAUUUCAGGAAUCUAUAAGAAGCCUUUCUUUUUGGCCCUACCAACUCUCCUGGUAAAUUCAGGAGAGAAGGUGAACCUGGAGUGUCAUUCAGAGAUUAUGUUUGAAACCUUCAUUUUGACUCUACACAAAAAUAAGAUAACCAAGGACUCUUUCCAGCUUUCUGCAGAAUCUCAUCUUGGGGGAUCCCAUGCCAACUUCUCAAUAGGUCCUGUGACACCUGACCAUGCUGGGACUUACACAUGCUAUGGUUCUUACAAUCACACACCAUAUGAGUGGUCUGAAUCCAGUGACCCUGUUGACAUAAAGAUCACAGGUUUAUACAAGAAACCUUCUCUGUCAGUCCUGAUGGGCCCUGUGGUGAUGUCAGGAGAGAACAUGACCUUGUCAUGCAUUUCUGACCAUGAGUUUGACAUGUUCCAUCUGUCCAGGGAAGGAGUGCCUCAGGGACAUGGGUUGCCUGUAGUUAAGGGCCACAAUGAGACAUUUCAGGCCAAUUUCCAUCUUGGCUAUGUGAUCCAGGCAGGGACCUAUAGAUGUUAUGGCUCUUUCAGUAACUCCUCCCAUGUGUGGUCAUCCCCAAGUGACCCAUUGUACAUUCCUGUCACAAAUAAUCACAGGAACAUGCAUAUUCUGAUUGGCCUGUCAGUGACCAUGAUCCUUGUCUUCCUCAUCAUCCUGCUUUACUCUUGUUACUUGGCCAAAAAGAGCAAGUCUCAAGAACAAACCACCAUCAUGGACCAAGACUCUGACAUGAGAACAACACAGAACAGACAGGAUCCUGAAAGACAAGAAGUGCAGGAGGUGGCAUACUUAGAAUUUGAUCAGAUGACCUUCAAACAAAAAUUGACCACUCCCGAUUCCCAGAUUCCCAAGGAAUUUUUCACAGAUCCCAGUGUGUACAUGGAAGUCAGGAAAUGUUAA